AGGAAAGGGGGGGAAAAUCCUUCCGGAACAUUCCCGGCAAAUCCGUGUCCAGGUGGGGCCGCCAUGAGGGCCGGGCUGCAGGAGGGCGACCGCAUCGUCAAGGUGAACGGGACGAUGGUGAGCAACAGCUCCCACCUGGAAGUGGUGAAGCUGAUCAAGUCCGGUGCCUACGUGGCCCUGACCCUGCUGGGAUCCCCCCCCGGAUCCCUGGGAAUUCCGGGAUCCCAGCAGGAGCCGGAGCCCCCGGGAGGUCCCCAAGGGCCCCCCCAGCUCAUCACCGAGCCCAGGCCCCUCCAG